UAGAGGUUUCUCCACCUAAAGGAGGUAGUGGUUUCUCCACCCAAAGGAGGUUUCUCCACCUAAAGGAGGUAGUGGUUUCUCCACCCAAAGGAGGUAGUGGUUUCUCCACCCAAAGGAGGUAAAGGUUUCUCCACCUAAAGGAGGUUUGAUAGUGGUUACUCCACCCUGAGGAGGUCAUAUAAUUGUGAAUGAAUGUUGAAUGCAAGUGAUUGAAUGUUGUUGAUAAAAUUGUGCAAGGCUUGAGACGGAGAGUGAUACUGCGGGAUAACUGAUACAAAGCUCCACACACUACACGCUGCCAAGUGCAACCUCACACGCCAACGCUGAUUGGUUUAGUGAAAGACACAUUUUACUUUAAAAUCCUGAUAACUAAUAUUGAGACUCAUAUUUGCUUCGUCAUUUUUUGUUUUUUGUUUUUUUAGUAAGAGCUGUAAAUUACACACGCUCUGUUCCGAAAUACACAUUGUCAAAUAAGAACACAUAGUGUAAAGAAUAAUGGGGAAUAGGGGUAGCAAACCGGUCCCUACGGGGGACAUGAAGUACAUGGAGCAUUAUUGUCCUGGUAGUACGAUCCAUUGUAAAACCUGGCAUAAGAAACAUGGAUUCACAGGAAAGUUAGAAAAAGCCAGCUGUAUUGAGUUAUUGGAAAAACUUAGGGCUACAGCGGCAGGAAAGACAGGAAAAGAAAGAGAGGGGUGGGACAAACAGAUGAGAAUGGCAAAAAUAUGGGGUGAGCAAGCAAAGAAAAGAGCAGAAAGUCAAGAGAGGGAAAAGCAAAGUACAAUGGUAGCGGCAGUUUCAGUAGAUUCUGACGAUGAAACAGGAGCGUCAACAUCAGGUAGUGCAGCAGCAAGGAGAGCAAGGAGAGACAGAGAGAGACAAAUGAGAGAAGAACUAGACAGAAAAGAGAGAGAGAUCGCAAGAAAAGAGGAGAACGCCAGAGCAGAGAGGAAAAAGAGAGGUGAGACAACAAUAGAUAAACACGAAGAGAGAAUGGCACAAACGGGAGAGAGCGGGAUGCGUAGUCCUGUUGAAACACGUUCAGUUACAGCAGGGAAGAACCUGUCUCUCACUCCCCCUGUAUACCCCGACGUAGAACAACUGAAAGAUGACAUGCAUGCACAGGCCUCUGCGUUCCCCUUGGUCGCCGUAGCAAAUCCACAUUACGGUUUACAAAUGCCAGGGCAAGCAGACGGCAUCCUAGAUCGGGAAAUAACGGUAAAUGUUUUUCAUCCAUGGACAGAAGAACAAUGUAGAAAAGCAUGUGAAGGACUGACUCCGUACAAACGAGAUGCAGAAAUAUUCUGCAGGGAGCAUCGCGCAUUGGUGGAUGCAUUCCAAUUGAACGUGAAGUCCUUAGGACGUUUUUGGGAAUAUUUGGGCACGAGUGGGGAAGAGUAAAGGGAGUGUUUACAGGAGCAGGACCAGGCGUCAAUGCAAAUUUCCUAGUCGUAGGACAUGUAGAACUGCGCGCUCAGACCGACGCAGUGUAUGGAGAUAUACGAAGGGUGUUCACUGUAGCACCAGAUUACAC